AUGCCUCCUCCCAACCGAAACGGCGGCGGCGCCUAUCAGAACCGGCGACAGCAGUCAUCUGGUUACGAUCGACCUUUGCGCGGCGCGUCUUGGCGUCACCAAGACUUUCACCGCAGACCCGAUUUCAACUCGUACCAUGCCGAGCAAUCCUCCAUGCCGUACCAGCAGCAGCAGCAGCAUUCCAUUGUGAACGACAUGCCUGCCGAACCGCAGACGGCGGAUACUCAACGGUUCCUGUACCCAAGCGGUAUCCCCUCCAACUACAGAAUGGUGGAGCCCGUUGACGACUCCAGCCUCCGGAAGUUCGUCGACACUCUUGACAGGUCCUUCUACUACCAGCCCACCAAGCCUGUCAGGGCGGUAUUCAGCACCGAAAAUGGCCAGUUACCCCCUCGCUUCCUGGCAGCUGACAGUGUGAUUCUCGGACGCGAGAUGACCCUUUGGAGCGCCGCGGACAUCCAGACGAGAGCCAACUCGAUCCGCAAGAAGUUCUGGUUUGUCAUGAAGGACAUGCCCAAGCCUGCAUACUGGGAGGAUCUGUACGACUAUUUCGACACCGUCGAGAUCUACCAGAACGGCCCCCUGAACUUGUGGAAUCUCAUCACGCAUCUCCACCACGAGAAUCAGCAGUUGCUCAAGAACCUCCACAACGAGCUUGCAUUCGUCACCGGUCUCUGGUGCGACGAAUGGAUUUCCAAAGCGCACAACCAGCAGAAGCUUCGGUUCUUCAAGAACUGGAACCAUGUUCUCGCCAUUUUCGACGAGCAAGACCUGAAGGAGAUGCAGGGCAUGGAGCCGCAUAAGGUUGAUCUAUUGAAGAUGGCUCUAAUCCACCGGCAGAACCAGCUCCACCGGCAGGACCAGCUGCAGGGGCAGGAUCCAGCCUCAAUGUAUCCCAAGAACAUCCUGCAAUGGCACUGGGAGCAGAACACCGUUCAGAACUGGCUGACUGACCAGCCCGUCCACCAAACUCCCAGUGGCCUGAUCCCUAUCGUGUCGCCUGAUGAGCCAGCCGGCCCUGGUCGUCGCAAUGACCUUGGCAGCAUCCCCGAGUACCCAACGCAGCCUACUCAGACUUCCCAGGGACCAUUGGUUGUGAGUGGUAGCACACAGCCGCGCGUCACAUCGCACAACUCUAGUCCCGCGGCUCAGGAUCCUGCUGUUCGGCAAUCUGCAGCAGCGCAGGAACCCUUGGCUCAGAAUGCUGAGGCUCACCAAGAUGCGGUUCACCAAUUCACAGCCCCUGUGGCUCCUUUGGCCCCUACGACCCUCAAUUCUCAAGCGCCGCCGUCAGUCUCGCCGCCUAAAUCGGUUGCAUCGUCCUCCAGCUACAACAAGAGGCAACAAUGGCGAAACGAAGCCAGCCAUGAGACAUUUGAUGCCCCCAACCCAGCUCAGGGCCGGCGGCGAUCUCGUGGUGACUCCAGAGGAUGGGAGAAGGUUCACAACGCCGAUGACUCACUUCAUGGUCCUGUCUUCCGUCGGUCUCCGACCAAGGAAGGUCGAACUAGAGCCUUUUCUCGGUCAUCAUCCAAGGGAGACCCCAACUGCCCUAACCAUGAGCGUUCCGUUUGGGUCUCCAUCAAGCCAAUCCCGCAGAUGGACAUGGAGGCUAUCAGGGGAAAGCUGGCGACAAUCAUGGCGUCAUACGGCAAGGUCGAAGCGAUCGUUGUCAUCCCACAGAACCAGGAGAGCUAUGGCUUCAUUGCUAGAUACCAGAAGGAUAAUUGCAGCAUCACGGACGCUGCUUCCAUCAAUGAGCUUUACUCGCCAGAUCUCCAGUGCAAGAUCUGGACCCGCCCUAUAUAUCGCACGAAGUACGGCAGAGCCAUGCACGACUCUCUCGCUUUCAAUCGAUCUGAAGGCAGGAGACAAGCCUCCCUCGAGCAGUUCAUCACUCCACAGGUCGCUGACCGCAAGCAAAUGACGCCUUCCGCUGAAGCAGAUGCGCAGUCCAAGCCUGCUUCCGAGGAGUUGCUCACCGAUGAGCCUUCUGACCAAGCCAAACCGUCUCAGCGCGUAGAGAGCACAGGCAAAACCAUCAAAGUGAACCUUCCCACUACGCCGACGAAGACCGGUGGGAGAGCUUUCAAGGAGAAUGUGAACUCCAGCGCGCAGAAGACGGCCGUUGUUUCUGCCCAGCCCAGCCCCGAGAAGGCCAGCCCCGAGAAGGCCACCCCAGAGAAGUAUGGCGUUUACAGGCAGGCUUACACUGAGGGCAACGCGGAGCAAGUCAACAUUUACGAAAACGCGCUUCCCAGUCACAACAACACACCUCCCCAGCCCGUCCUUACGAAGCAGGAGGCGGGCCACCAGCUUGAUGAUUUCCUCGACAUGAACCUCGCCAACCCGACUACCGUCAAUGUUUUGCCAACAGUGCCGCCCAGCAAGAGUCAAGACAAUGGCAGCAAGGAAACCGACAACAAGAUUGCCGAUUCUGACAGGAAGACCAAGAGCAAGAGCAAGAACAAAAAGAAGAAGAAGAAGUCCUUGCCUCUCCCUCAUCAAGUCGAAGCCGGGUCAGGCAGCUCACAGCUGCCCGGUGUGACUUCCAGCGUCGCCGGAGAUGCCCCUGCUACCGUCACAGAGCUUGUCAUUACCAGCUUCGAGGACGCGGAGGAGUCUGAGGCACCUGCCAUCAAGAACUUCCGAGCCAAUGCUGGGAACUCUCUUCGCGUAUCUAAAUCGAGAAGGAAGCAGGCUUUGGGGAUCAACAUUGCGGAUUCAGCCUUUGCCAAUCAUGAAGCGGACCAUUCCGGCGACUCCGCGCCACAGACCGCUGCAAGCUUCAUCACCGCCAAAGAUACCAAUUCUAAUGACGGGUCGCAAGGCAUUCUGACCCCCGCGACCCCUCCAUCGGAGAUGCCUACGCCCCGAACCACGACCCCGAAGGAGCCUGGCGCAAGCCUCGAUGCUGCCUCCAAGACCAUGCAUCUCAACCCUCAGGCCAAGGAGUUCGUCUCUCCCGGUGGUCCCAGUGCUUCUGGUGGUCUGGAAAAGCGUGUCUCUUCGAUAUCUUCGAUGAAGCUGGCCCCAAUUCCAUUGAAGCCUAUCAAGCACAAGCGCCAGCCCUCUCAGUCAUCAAGCGUCACGUCCCAUACCCUUACGCCUGGCAGCACGCCUAAGAAGGCCGAGACUGUCAAAGAUGUCGACAACUCCACCAGGGUCGGCAUCAAUGAUGGCACCAAGAUCGGCACCGAGGAGAAGAAGCCGGAUAUUGGCCCUAUCAGCAGUGGUGAUCAAGCUGCUUCUGAAAUCGCUGAAGAUGACGGCACCUGGGAGAAGCCGCGCCAGAAGCGGAACAUCACCAAGGGCAACUCCGGCCAGGGCAAGAACCAGUCACAGCACUCCCACAACAAGCACGACUCCAACAAGAACCGUCCCUCGCCUAAGAAGCAAAAGCAUCAGGCCCACAACCAGUCGCAGGCCACACACGCGCCUGUCUCGGGCUUGCCCCCCAGCAGCAACUGGGCUGCCACGGCGCGUUCUGGAAACCCGCGCCCCAAGGAGGGCGGCGGCCAGCAGUAG